CUCCUCCUAUUUAAGAGAAGGCUGGUGCCUUCCUCUCCCAGGUGCUCAGCAGGAGGAUUGCAUUGGUGUGGAGCUGCUGCUCUAAGAGAGUUUCCUGCUCAUCUGCUGUCUGUGUGCAUCCUACAGCUCCAGGAGGCAGGCAAUGGGUGGUCUUCUUGGCAAGAACAGGAGGCUCUGCGUGUUCCCUAAGAAAGUCACUUUUUGCAAGACCAAGGGAAAAAGGGCAUCCAGGACUGCAGGUACAUCCUGUGAUGCUUCAACAUGGACUGGGGAGAACCAUUUUUAUUCAGCACGCAUAGGAAGGACCCCCAGAGCCCCCGAACCUUCUCUUGCAGAGUCAGAUUCCUUAAACAGCCCUGAAGGUGAAUCUGCUGCCCAAGCUAAAAAGGACACAGGAGCUGCAUCUCUGCACAUACAACAUACUGAGGCCCCACUUUGUGCCUCUUCUAGAGAUGCACACAAUAGUGAGGAGCCACAAGACCCUGAAACCAAACCCAGCACAGAGGGGAUGAAGAACCAGGAACUUGCUGAACAGCCAAAACAAGAAGCCCAAUCUGCCAGAGGCAAUCUACAAGAAAGGGGUGAAGCUCAAGCUGAUGAGCAUCCUACUAGUGGCUGGAUACCCCAUGAGCAACUCAGCUGCAGGGAUGAUAAAGUGAGGCCUCUUACAGAGACAACUGUGAAGGUUGAAGUCCACGUGUGUGCUGAAGCCCAAGAUGAGGUUUGGCCUGCUGGAAUGGAGUCCAGGCUGUCAAUUCCUGCAGAAGAAGAUGCAACAGUUCUGUGUGAUUCAGAGGAAACUUGUGAGGGAAAGGAUCAUCAGGAAGUGCCUGUAGAGAAGGCAGCUGAGUCCCCAGCUGUUCUGUGUACAAUGCAGGAGACAGAGCUGCUUCUGAAGACCAUGGAGACAAGAGAAGACACCACAAGUAUGCAGAGAUCUGCAGAAAAACAAGCAGGAGAAGAGAAAGCACACUUUGCUGCUAAAGCCUCACCCGAUCCCCACUUGGAACAUGAUGAAGAGGUUCCUCUUCGUGAGUAUAUGAAAGAAAAUGCUUUUGGAUUGGAGCAAGCUGAAGAACAGAUUGAGGUUGGUGAUGAUGGACAAACAUCAAAUGAGAUACCAUGCUGCCUGGUAGAAACUCAGGCUGCUCUGCAGGAUAAGGAAGAGAUCAAAGCUAGCAAUGAGGGAAAACAGCCUGCUGAUGAGGAGUACUGAAUGAGCACGUGGAGCCUGGUGCAGCAACCACUGAGCAGGCUGAGGGUUUGUCUGCAGCAAAGCGAAGAAUCCUGCUGCCUUGAUCUUGCAAGGAGCCAGGAUGGACAAGUAACCAGUGGGAGUUUGUAUCCUAAAGGGCACAGUGGGCAGGUCGUUUAUGAAGCCUGCUUUAAAAAGUGGGACUAAACAGCAAGUUGGUGCACAGCUCUCCAUAGGUGGCACCAACCUCCUUCUUUCCCUAGCAGGGGGGUGGUGAAGGGACACAAGUAUAUUUAUGUAUAUUACUUUUUUUUUUUCACAUGCAUGUAUACCUGAGCUAGGGUUAUGGAGUUUGUAAUUCUACCCCUCUGUGUAAAGGCAUAUUAAUUAUACUUGUCUGUGCACCUCACUCUGACCGUCACUGUUUGAAGUAUGUUUGAAUGCUGUGUGGUCUGCAGUGCAACUGGAACCAAUAAAUGGGCAUGUUUUAAUGCUUGUUGAUACA